AUGGCUUCCCUGUAUGGACUUCUAACCUUCCUGUCAGGCACAGAGCUGCUCCUGGCCAUCACCACCUUCUGCCUCGGAUUCUGGGUGGUCAGAGCCACAAGGACCAGCGUCCCUAAAGGCCUGAAGACUCCACCUGGGCCCUGGGGAUGGCCCAUCAUUGGGCACAUACUGACCCUGGGGAAGAACCCACACCUGUCUCUGACCAAGCUGAGCAAGCAGUAUGGGGAUGUGCUGCAGAUCCGCAUUGGCUCCACCCCUGUGGUGGUGCUGAGUGGCCUGGACACCAUCCGGCAGGCCCUGGUGAAGCAGGGGGAUGACUUCAAGGGCCGACCAGACCUCUACAGCUUUAAUUUCAUCAGUAAUGGGCAGAGCAUGACUUUCAACCCAGACUCUGGACCAGUAUGGGCUGCCCGGCGGCGCCUGGCCCAGAAUGCCUUGAAGAGUUUCUCCAUAGCCUCAGACCCAGCUUCUGCAUCCUCUUGCUACUUAGAGGAGCAUGUGAGCAAGGAGGCAGAAUACCUCAUUAUCAAGUUCCAGAAGCUGAUGGCAGAGGAUGGCCACUUCGACCCUUAUAGGUAUUUGGUGGUGUCAGUGGCCAAUGUCAUCUGUGCCAUGUGCUUUGGUCACCGUUAUGACCAUGAUAACCAAGAGCUGCUUAGCAUAGUCAAUCUGAGUAAUGAGUUUGGGGAAGUUACUGCCUCUGGAUUCCCAGCUGACUUCAUCCCUGUCCUCCGCUACCUACCUAACUCGUCCCUGGAUGUCUUCAAGGACCUGAAUAAGAAGGUCUACAGCUUCAUGCAAAAGUUAAUCAAGGAACACUACAGAACAUUUGAGAAGGGCCACAUCCGGGACAUCACAGACAGCCUCAUUGAGCACUGUCAGGACAAAAAGUUGGAUGAGAAUGCCAAUGUCCAGCUGUCGGAUGAUAAGGUCAUUAGUGUCGUCUUUGACCUCUUUGGAGCAGGGUUUGACACAGUCACCACUGCUAUCUCUUGGAGCCUCUUGUACCUGGUGACAAACCCUAGAGUACAGAGAAAGAUCCAGGAGGAGCUAGACACAGUGAUUGGGAGGACUCGGAGACCCCGACUUUCUGACAGACCUCAGCUGCCCUAUCUGGAGGCCUUCAUCCUGGAGACUUUCCGACAUUCAUCCUUCCUUCCCUUCACCAUCCCGCACAGCACCACAAGAGAUACAAGUCUGUGUGGCUUCUAUAUCCCCAAGGGACAUUGUGUCUUUGUGAGCCAGUGGCAGAUUAACCAUGACCAGGAACUGUGGGGUGACCCAAACAAUUUCCGGCCUGAAAGGUUUCUCACCCCCAGUGGCACUUUGGACAAGGUCCUCAGUGAGAAGGUUAUUCUCUUUGGAUUGGGCAAGCGGAAGUGCAUUGGAGAGACCAUUGGCCGAUGGGAGGUCUUUCUUUUCCUAGCCAUCUUGCUGCAGCAAAUUGAAUUUAGCGUGUCACCGGGGGAGAAGGUGGACAUGACUCCUAUCUAUGGACUGACUUUAAAGCAUGCCCGCUGCGAGCACUUCCAAGUGCAGAUGAGAUCUUCUUGA